GUGUUGGGUUGUGCUCGUGGUGGGGCGCCGCCAGGUUUGUGUGAGGCGCGCGGAGGUGGCAGAGCAGAGGGUCGCCAUGGGCAGCUCCAGCAGCGGAGGGCGGGAGUGGCUGUGACAGGCUCCGCCUGGGUUAGCAUCGCCUCCUGUGCCUCGUUUGAGCCCAUGAAGAGGAAUAGUGACACCAUAGACUUCAUUGCCGCCUCUUUCUCCUGCCAGUAUGGGUAAAUAAUCCGCCAUUGACUUUGAAAUGGGAUUUGAAAUAGGAAAGGGCUGUCCAGGCCAUGCAUCCUGAGGCUCCUGUCAGCCUCUGCCUUGUCCGUUGUUCUUGUUAGGUGUGCAUGUAGGCCACUCAACACAAGCACACUGUUACGCUGGUCUUCUUCAACCUGAGACUCCCUGCGCCUGUUGAGCCUUCAGGUGUGUUGCCUCUUCAUCAUCAUGGCUUCGGUGUGGAAAAGGCUGCAACGUGUUGGAAAACAUGCAUCCAAGUUCCAGUUUGUGGCCUCUUACCAGGAGUUGAUGGUUGAGUGCACCAAGAAAUGGCAACCAGAUAAAUUGGUGGUGGUUUGGACAAGAAGAAGUCGUAGAAAAUCUUCUAAGGCUCAUAGCUGGCAGCCAGGAAUAAAAAAUCCAUACCGUGGUGUUGUUGUGUGGCCUGUUCCAGAAAACAUUGAAAUCACUGUGACACUUUUCAAGGAUCCUCAUGCUGAGGAAUUUGAAGACAAAGAAUGGACAUUUGUAAUAGAAAAUGAAUCUCCUUCUGGACGCCGGAAAGCUCUUGCUACGAGCAAUAUUAACAUGAAGCAAUACGCCAGUCCCAUGCCUACCCAGACUGAUGUCAAGUUGAAAUUCAAGCCUUUGUCUAAGAAAGUUAUAUCUGCCACCCUGCAGUUCUCUUUAUCAUGUAUUUUUCUGAGGGAAGGAAAAGCAACGGAUGAAGACAUGCAAAGCCUGGCAAGUCUGAUGAGUAUGAAGCAAGCAGAUAUUGGAAAUUUAGAUGAUUUUGAAGAAGAUAAUGAAGAUGAUGAAGAAAACAGAGUGAACCAGGAAGAAAAGGCUGCAAAAAUUACCGAAUUUGUAAACCAGUUGAAUGCUCUGAGCAGCUUAGAUGAAGAUCAAGACGACUGCAUAAAGCACGCAAAUAUGCUUUCAGCUAAAUCAGCCAGUUCCUCUGAAGAACUUAUCAACAAGCUUAAUUUCCUGGAUGAAGAGGAUGAAGAUUUAGCCAAUUCCUGUUCAAAUCCAUUUGUAGAUUCUGACACAAUGGAUCUAAACCCCUUUGAAGACCCUGAUAUGGAAGAUUAUAUAGAUCAAUUUCAGUCUGGUUUCAAGCCUGGAUAUGGAACAGACACAGCCUUAGUCACCUUGGUGGAUGACCUAUACGAGGAACUGGACAGAUCAAACCCAUUUUAUGAACCAAAAUCAAGUGCUGCUUUAAAUAAUCAAGUUACUUCACUACAAGAAAUGGAAAGGAAGAUGAAAAGAAAAGCUCCUGAGCCACCAGUCCCCUCACCAAAGACAGAAAGGGAAACAAGUGAGAACACGUCCGCUUUUCAUGCAAUGAAAGAUCUUUCUUCUUCUCCCAAGCAAAGCCCAAUACCAAGUCCUGUUUUGGGGAAGAAGCCAAAUGCAAGUCAGUCACUGCUUACUUGGUGCAAAGAAGUUACAAAAAACUAUAGGGGAGUAAAAAUCACCAACUUCACUACAUCCUGGCGGAAUGGAUUAUCCUUUUGUGCAAUAUUACACCAUUUUAGGCCUGACCUAAUUGACUACAAGUCCCUGAAUCCUCAAGAUAUUAAGGAGAACAACAAAAAGGCCUAUGAUGGAUUCGCCAGUUUAGGAAUAUCUCGGCUACUAGAACCUUCUGAUAUGGUUUUGUUAGCAAUUCCUGACAAACUUUCUGUUAUGACCUAUCUUUAUCAAAUACGGGCACAUUUCAGUGGACAGGAGCUAAAUGUUGUUCAGAUCGAAGAGAACAGCAGCAAAAGCACAUACAAAGUGGGCAACUAUGAAACAGACCCAAACAGUUCUGUGGAUCAGGAAAAGUUCUAUGCAGAACUUAAUGACCUAAAACGAGAACCAGAACAACAGCAGGCUGAAGGAAGCUUGCCUGGCUUUGUUUUUGAUGACUCUGUACUUCACAAUCACAGUGGAGUUAUGGAGUCAAAUAUUGAGCACCAAACUUCACAUCAGCAUCAAGCAGGAGAUGAUAAUCUUGGCCCAUGUGUGACAUCCCCUUCCUCUCAUAGGACUAGCAGUGAUAUAGGCCAACAAAAAAUCCAAGAGAACAUGGGAAGGGCUUCUGAAUAUGAGGAAACUGAGAAAAGCAGUACGACGCAAGCACCGCCUUUGUUGGGAAGGAAGAAACUACUAAAAGUAGAUACUCUGGAUCUUAGUGAUUUGGCACAGGUCAGUGAUCCAAAAAGGGACACAUUCCCAAUGUUAUGUGAAGACACUGACAAGAAAGGACAAAAAAAUUGUGGGACUACCGUUAAUUUUUCAGAACCAGAAAACCAUGGACGCCCAGAUGUUAAAGAAAGUGGGAAACUGGAUUCUGAAUCGCAUGUUCAAAAAUCUGACUUAGAAGCAGAAAGUAAAUCUGGAUAUUUCCACAAUAGGAAUGAGGAUAGUGAUAAAAAAUCCCAUUCAUCUGAGAGGCAAACAGAGGCUAACUCAGAUUUUGAGACCAAGACAAUUCUACGACCAAUAGAUCUACCUGCAAAAACCGCACAGCAACGAAUGUUAUCAAGACAGGAAGAAUUAAAAGAACGGGCAAGAAUCCUACUUGAACAGGCAAGAAGAGAUGCAGCCUUAAAGGCAGGAAACAGACAAUUGUCCAGCUCAACAACAUCAGGACGCUCCAAACAACUGAAUGAUCAGCAAGAUGAAGAGCGGCGUCGGCAGCUGAGAGAGAGAGCUCGUCAGCUAAUAGCAGAAGCUCGAUCUGGAGUGAAGAUGUCAGAACUUCCUAGCUACAGUGAAAUGGCUGCAGAAAAGUUGAAAGAAAGGUCAAUGGCAUCUGGAGAUGGGAAUCAAAAUGAUAAUACUGAGAUAGUUACUAAUGAGAAGAUUCCUGAAUGCACUGUUACCGGUGGUGGUGGUGGUGAAGAUCAACAUACUAACCUAGAAAAUGACCUUGAUUCUGAUGAACAGAACAGUAAGUUGGCGGAUUUGAAGCUGAAGAAGCUCCUAGAAACUCAACCACAAGUGGCAAAUUCACUUUCCAGUGCUGCUCAGAAAACAGCUGUUGAUAGCAUGGAGCAAGAGUUUAAGAAUGACACAGAAGAGUUUCGUGCUGAGAGGUUACAAAAAGCAACAGAACGGUUUAGAAAUCCUGUUGUGUUCAGCAAGGAUUCCACAGUCAGAAAAACUCAGCUUCAGUCAUUCAGUCAAUAUGUUGAAAACAGACCAGAGAUGAAAAGGCAGAGAUCAAUACAGGAAGAUACAAAAGGAGGAAAUGAGGAGAAGGCAGCGAUAACUGAAACUCAGAGGAAGCCAUCAGAAGAUGAAGUGCUUAAUAAAGGGUUCAAAGACACCAGUCAGUAUGUUGUAGGAGAAUUGGCAGCACUAGAGAAUGAGCAAAAGCAAAUUGACACCCGUGCCGCGCUGGUGGAGAAGCGCCUUCGCUAUCUCAUGGACACAGGAAGAAACACUGAAGAAGAGGAAGCUAUGAUGCAGGAAUGGUUCAUGCUAGUCAACAAGAAAAAUGCCUUAAUAAGAAGAAUGAAUCAGCUCUCCCUCUUGGAAAAAGAACAUGACCUAGAAAGAAGGUACGAACUGCUGAACAGAGAGCUAAGAGCAAUGCUUGCCAUUGAAGACUGGCAAAAGACCGAAGCCCAGAAGAGGCGAGAGCAGCUUUUGCUGGAUGAACUUGUUAUUCUUGUUAAUAAACGUGACGCUUUGGUCAGAGAUUUGGAUGCCCAAGAAAAACAAGCUGAAGAAGAAGAUGAGCAUUUGGAAAGGACUCUCGAACAAAGCAAAGGAAAGAUGGCUAAGAAAGAAGAGAAAUGUGUCCUUCAGUGAUCAGCCUCCACUGAGCAAGCCAUGUGUCAUGUUUUAUCAUCUAACCUUUCUUUCAUGUUGGAAAUACUGACACCAAGACGUGAAGAAGGACGUUUCAGAAACUGCUGAAGCAUUUGGCUAGACCAGCUUUUUUUACCCGAAUUGUUUUCCGAUCCUUCCUUCCUUCCCCUGCCCUCUCCUCCUUCCAUUGAAGCAAUAUUACUUCAGAACUAGCUCUUCACUGGAAUUGACUUGCAGGGUUUAGGCAUAAUUACUUUAAGUAGGUUUGCAUCCCAGUGUUGCCACUUGGCAAGUGUUUGUUGCGGGAAGAACUUACAAAUGCAUACUUCUGCGUAAUAAUAGCUUUGCAGAGCGGAGGAGGAGGAGGAGGAGAAGAACCCAUUUUGCAUUGUUUCAUGUAGUCCUGCCAUGUGUAAUAUGUAAUACGCUACCUAAAAGUUUUAUAGUUAGAUCAUACUCAGACCAUUGAUUAUUACGGCGUGCUAUACUUACCGAUGUUCCUUUCGGACGCAGUUUUACUUUUAUUGUAAGUAUCCACUUUUAAGGCUUUCUUGUGCGCUCAGAGAGCAGUUCUUUUUAACCUAUACGCUGCAAGGACCUUGCAAGCUAAAGAAGUGAUUGUAAUAAUAAGAUUACUGAGGUGUAAUCAGUUUACAAAAAUGUUCUUCUUUAGAAGCAAUCCCGGUUUUUUUCCUAUUAAUUAUUUAUUUACCAUUUAUAGAUUUGCUCCCCUUCAUUUUGUUGGACCUCGGCAUUCUGGAUCCACAAUGCUAUUAAUAUUUAUUCUGUAUCCAUGGGGGGGGGGGUGUCUGUCUUGCCAUUGUUUGUGACAACAACAACAACAACAACAACAACCACAAAAGACCCUUGCCAGUUAAUAUAUCUUUCUCGGAUGUCCUGCUCAUUUUUUUGUGGAAACGGUUAUGUUUAUUUAUUACAAUACCAAGUUGUGUACAUAUUUUCAAUAAAGCUGGAUCUUUCUUAUCUUAA